UUCCCUUUCCCCUCUUUCGCGAACCCUAGACAGUUCAAUCUCUCCUCCUCUUUCUCCCUCUCCUUCUAUCUCCUAGGUUUUUAUUUGUAUUUUUUUGGUUCUUUUACUUCUUCGUGGUUUCUGCCUCGCACGCUUCUCUCUCCUUGUGCUGAAAUGGACUUUGGAGGUGGGCGCAAGAGAGGCAGGCCCGAAGCUGCCUCCUUUAAUGGCAAUGGCGGCUUCAAGAAAUCCAAGCCAGAAAUGGAGUCCUUUACAACUGGUAUAGGAAGCAAAUCGAAGCCAUGCACAAAGUUUUUCAGCACUUCUGGGUGCCCUUUUGGUGAGGGAUGUCACUUCUUGCAUUAUGUUCCUGGCGGCAUCAAAGCGGUGUCUCAGAUGACUGGUAGCAACCCAACUCUUCCUCUUCCUCCUAGAAACUCAGCAGCCCCUCCAUCAUUUCCUGAUGGUUCUUCUCCUCCAUCUGUCAAGACCCGGUUGUGUAAUAAGUACAACACAGUUGAAGGUUGCAAGUUUGGGGAUAAAUGCCAUUUUGCGCAUGGUGAGUGGGAGCUUGGGAGGCCCACUGCUCAAUCCUAUGAAGAUCCUCGUGGUGGGGGAGGAUAUCCAGGCAGGAUGGGAGGGGGUCGGAUGGAGCCUCCCCCGCAAACUCAUGGAGCUGCAGCGAGAUUUGGAGCCACUGCCACAGCUAAGAUCAGCGUUGAUGCUUCACUUGCUGGAGCCAUAAUUGGGAAAAAUGGGGUGAACUCAAAGCAAAUAUGUCGUGUGACUGGGGCAAAGCUUUCUAUAAGGGAGCAUGAGUCAGAUCCCAAGCUGAGAAACAUUGAGCUCGAGGGUACCUUUGAUCAAAUUAAAGAUGCUAGUGCCAUGGUUCGUGAGCUUAUUGUGAACGUGAGCUCAGCUGCUGGACCUCACAUGAGGAACAACCCUGGUAUGGCAGCCUCAGCGCCAGCUAGCAACUUCAAGACUAAGCUUUGUGAGAACUUUACUAAAGGCACAUGCACGUUUGGGGAUAGGUGCCACUUUGCACAUGGACCAGAAGAAUUGCGCAGGCAGGGGAUGUGAUUUCUUUCAAUACCUCUCUCUCUCUCUCUCUCUAAUGCCCUCUUACCAUUCUCUCGUAGGAUACGCUUAUUACAGCAUUAAUUCUUGUGUUCGUUGAAUUUUCCAAGAGUGCAGUUUCCUUAGUUUUCUAGGGUUUUAAUAUUUGGAAAUUUUUAUAGUAGCUUGCCAUAUUUGAUCUCUACCUUGCCACUUUUGUCUUGUGGGAUCGCUCUGAGGUUUCUUGGUUGAACUAAUCUAGCGAUUAAGCAUAAGUUGCCAGUAGCAUGUGAAGUGGGAAAUGCUAUUCUUGGUUGCUUUAUUGUGUUAAUUUUGUUUUCAUCAGAUUAAAAAAGAAAAAGUAAAAAGAGAUGUUAGAGAGUUGUUA